AUGGCUGCCUCCUCUGCUCCUCUCCACAUUUUCAGUAUUGUGACCCGCAUCGACGAUGCUUCGAAGAAGAAGGUCGAAUUUGUGGAGUUGGAGCUUGGUUCACAGCGACAGGAAGUCCUCCGCGGCUCAGGCAAAGACAAAGAACUCAGUGCAAAGUUCGAUCACGCCAUACAUUCGGUCGGAACAGUUUACCACAGCGCGGUGACCACUGAGCAGGCUUCGUUAUGGGUACACUGUCAACACCAUUCUAUGGGCGUGCUUCCGUGGAAGAGUAUCGUGAAGUUUCCAUUGGACAGACAAGACAUUUUGUCCGAUAUAGUGGAUCAAGAUGUGCACGAGAUGACUAGAAAGAAGAUGAAGAUGACUGUCGUCAUUACAAUAUCCGAUAGUGUUCAUACCAGACAGCUGCAGCCGACUAGCAGUGAUAUUCUAGAGAUUUGUCCAAGGUUCCGACUGCUGGUAAUAGGGAAGACUGGGGUUGGCAAGUCAUCGUUGAUCCACCAGGCAUUUAAGAUAGACGAAGUGGUUAAGUUGACGAAAUUACAUGUCUCUGGACAUUCGCGAGGCGUAGCCGAUAUCAAUCGGGAGUUCGUCGCGCCACAAAACAGGCGAUUUGUCCUCCACGAUAGUGAGGGAUUCGAAGCUGGCGACACUGGCAGUUUUGCGGCUGCAAAAGAAUUCAUCGGCUGCCGACGCAACAUGCCCGCGCUGAAGGACAAAAUCCAUGCGGUCUGGCUCUGCCUCUCGAUACCUCAUUCCGAUGGACGGCUGCUCGAGAGCGGAGUAAAGGAGUUUCUAGAAUUGAGGAAGGAAAUUCUGGGCAAUAUUCCGGUCAUCGUUGUCUUCACCAAGCAUGACGUUCUCCUCGACACAUUGGAGCUCGAAGCCAUAGAUUUGGAAGAUUGUUAUGGCACCGCACUCGAAAAUCUUAAACGGGACAAAUUGAAUAAUCUGUGCAUCAAGCCACUCACGGACGCAGCUGGAAGCGAUGUCCUGCACGCAGCUGUUUCAACAAAGAAUGGAUACGAGAACACCGUACGAGAGCUGAUCGAUCUCACAACCACCAACGUGGAAAAAUUUGUCGCCUCAGAAGCGGCAUUAGCUAUGAUGAUAGCCCAGCGAGUAGACAUCAGUCUUAAAAUUAAGGCAUCAAUCGCCAUCGGCGAGAAAAGAUAUUGGAGAGGUCUCGCUUCGAGCAUGGACUUCGCGGGCUUCACCAUGAAGGACUGUUUGUCUGUGAUCCACAAGGACGUCAUUGACGUUUGGAACUUCAAUGACCCUCACGAUCACUUAGCCAGUAGCAAGUUCCAAGAACUGAUUCUAAACGAUUUGGACAAGGAAGAAUUUCCAAACACCGCGGGAUCUUUCAAAUUUGGCCUCUCCGUGGUCGGGGCGAUAAUAGGUAUUAUGACGCCGCUGGCAGCCCCGUUUCUACCGAUCGUUGCGCCAAUUGCCGCAGGAGUCGUCAUGGCUAAGUGGGUCUAUGACAUCUAUCAACAGACAAACAUUACCCUGCGGCGGAUGAUGGCGUACAUCGUGGAUUUAACAUGUAUCAUGCAGAUUGCGUUCCUGCUAGCGCCGACAGGGCCCAUCUCUCGUCGUGUCAUCAAGAUUGCUAUCAAAGCCUACGACGAGGCGGGGAAAAGCAGUGUUCAUUCGGCAAUUCACUCGCAUGUACCUUUAACCCGUAGCGGAGGAGAUGAUGCGCUGGAGGAGAUUGUUAAACUGAUUCAGCGCCACUCCAUCAAGGCUGAAGAAGUCCAGGACCUGAGAACGAAGAUAGGGCCACACAUGGUGGGGUUGCAACUGGACGAAGAGUGGUGA